UUCGAGUCGUCCCCCCCCCAUUCCCCUCAGCCAAUCUCGCCCCUCCGUGGCGCCCGCGUGACGUCACACACGCGCGCGCAGCCAAUCGCACCUCCGCGUUCUGACCCUUCCCGGCGCCCGUAGCGCGGGGUCGUCCCUGCCCGGUGUGGCGUGACGUCACGCGGCGCGCCGCGGGCAGGCCGGGAUGCAGCGCGCGGCGCUGGGCGUGCUCGGGGGGGCGGCUCGGGCCCCCCCGAGCCGCUGGCUGAGCGCGGCCCCGCCGCCGCUGCGGGAGCUGCGGGAGCUGCGGGCGCGCACCGGGCAGCCGGUGAUGCGCUGCCGGGAGGCGCUGGAGCGGGCGGGGGGCGACCUGCGGCAGGCCGAGGCCUGGCUCGAGGCCGAGUCACGCCGCCGGGGCUGGGCCCGAGCCGCUGCCCCCGGGGCUCCCCGGGCCCGGGAGGGGCUCGUGGGGGUCCUGAGUGAGGGCUCGGCCGCCGUCAUGGUGGAGGUGAACUGUGAGACGGAUUUCGUGGCGCGCACCCCGGACUUCCAGCAGCUGGUGGAGAUGGCAGCCAGGGGGGUCCUGGGGCACUGCCAGGGGGCCUCGGGCACCAAGCACCUGCUGCGAGAGGAGGAGCUGGCCCAGGUGCGGGCAGGGGAUGGGGGGGACCUGCUGAGCGACCACCUGGCACUGGCCAUGGGCCGCCUGGGCGAGCGGCUGGCGCUGCGCCGGGCCGGGUGGCUCCGUGCCCCCGGGGGCUUCGUGGCCACCUAUGCCCACGGCUGGGUGCCCCCCGGGCCCGCGGUGGCCAUGGGCACCUACGGGGCGCUGGUGGCCUGCGGGGGGCCGGGCCCGGGGCCCCCCACGGCCGAGCUGCGGGAGUUGGGGCGCAGGGUGGCCCAGCACGUGGUGGGAAUGGCCCCCACCACCCUGGGGACCCCCGAGGACGAGCUGGGGGGUGACACCGAGACGAGGCUGCUGGCCCAGGGGACACUCCUGGAGCCGGGCGUGCCCCUGGGCCGGUACCUGCGGGAGCGGGGCGGGCUCCAGGUCUGGGAUUUCCUGCGCUUCCAGUGCGGGGAGGAGCCCCCCCAGGAGCCCUCUGCCCCCCCAGGCUGAGGGAUGGGGCUCAGGGGGGGUUCAUCCCCCCUGGGGGGACACACAGACCACCCCCUCCGUGCACCCCAAGCCAGGCUGGGGCAGCGAGAGCCUCCCCCAGGUGUGGGGGUGAAGCUGAAUAAAGGUGCAGAAGAUCCA